CGGCUGUUGAUUGGUCCGUGGACAGACCUGCCCUGUAGCAGCUGCCGUCAUCCCAUCAGACGUGCUGGGGAUGCUGGGGAUGCUGGGGAUGCUGACUGCUGCUGAUCCUCCUCUCUCCUCCUGCUGCUGCUGGCCUCUGUGAGGACCAAUCAGAUGAAUGCUGUGGAUCAGGGCUGAGAUGAGAUAAGCGUCCUCUGUCUCCGACCUGCUGCAGCGCCUCGUACGCAGGAAAGACGUGAACACUGGAAUACACGGGUUUGACGUAUUCUUCUGUCUGUGAGCCGUGCCAUUGGAAAGCUUCUGUUUGCACAUAAUCGCCACCUCGACGAUGGUCCCGACGCUGCUCUCCAGAGGUGAUGUGAGCUGAGCCAUCGGUGGAGCCGCAGAGGAGCUGUGCGUGUGUCGAGGUGCUGAUGCGGCUGUGACAGGAGCGAGCAUGGCUGCCGGGAAGUUACUGCUCUACGCCGGGCUCUCUCUGUCUCUUUGCGCCCUGGGAAUGCUGGCCGUGGCGAUGUGCUCCGAUCACUGGUACGAGACUGACGCCAGGAGGUACAGGGACCGGUGCCGAAGCUACUCCACCCGCCGCAAGGACCCGGGCUUCAUCUACAUCCCCAACAACAGCCUACCGCUGCGGGCCAGCCGGAGCAGCCUGCCCCGCUGGGAGGAGAAGCUGCUGCUCGCCCGGAACCGGCGGCAGCUGUUCGCCAUGAGCGCUGCGGACGACUGUCACCGGCAGUAUAACUCAACCAACAUGGGGCUGUGGAGGAAAUGCCAUCGGCUGGGUUUUGACCAGGAAAUCGAAGAUCUCAUCCGGAAAGGUUCCAUUGUAAGGUGCUCCUACAUCAAGUAUCACUACUCCUCGGCUACGAUACCCAAAAACCUCUCCAACAACAUCACCAAGACAAUUAGGCAGGACGAAUGGCACUCCCUACACUUGCGACGGAUGACAGCUGGUUUCAUGGGCAUGGCUGUGGCCAUCAUCCUAUUCGGCUGGACCAUCGGAGUGCUGGGCUGUUGUUGGGAUCGAGGCCUCAUGCAAUAUGUGGCCGGCCUUCUCUUCCUCAUGGGAGGAACAUUCUGCAUCAUCUCCCUCUGUACCUGUGUUGCCGGCAUCAAUUUCGAGCUUUCCCGUUACCCACGGCACCUGUACGGCCUGCCUGAUGACAUCGGCCACGGCUACGGCUGGUCCAUGUUCUGCGCCUGGGGAGGCCUCGGCCUCACCCUCAUUGCUGGCUUCUUCUGCACCCUGGCACCCUCUGUCCAGCCAAUACCCCGCUCCACCUGCCCCAAGUCUCGACAGGAGAAUGGCACCGUCUGCUAAAGCUUGCAACUGUGAGAAGACUAGUGAAUCCACAGAUUGACAACACACAAACAGAACACCUGGUCCAUGUGUUCAUCAAUCUACUCAUCUCCACUCUAUCCGGGUUACAGAUUUAGUUUUUUUUUUUUUUUUUUUUUUAAUUUGUGUGUAUGUGUGUGUUUAAAAUGGUUGUCUAGAUGAUCUGCUAUCUUGAAAAUACAAGAAAAAACUGCAGAACUACUGAAAUAUUAUCAAAAAUUUGAAGUUGUGCUUGUUUUAUUAAUAUAAAGCAGAUACAGAAAUGGACAAUUAUACCCAGAAAGAUUUGGAAGAAGACUAAACUGUGACGAAUAAGUGGCUGUGGCAGACGAGUGGCUCUAGACCUCUGGUAAUGGACAGUGAUGGUUAGCCUGAGAACUACUUCUAUUAACUGCUCUACCGUAAUUGUGGAGAAUUAAAUGAAUCAGCAGAACUAGACGGAUAAAUCGGAUCAGUUCAAAAUCUUGUGGAUGUUUCUGAUGGAUUUCACCUCUUGGAGCCUCCUGUGGGAUAAUUCACAAUGGAAUGGAGCAGACAUUAAACCACGUGACUUGUCGGAGUGACUUCAUGUUUGGUGGCGAUUAGUUAAGUCUGUGUUCCAGCUUCUGAGGUCCCUCCACUUACAUGUGACAGGCAGGCGAUGAGGAGCUCCAGGACCUCCACUGUUGUACAUUAUUGUACAGAAUAUUCCAGAAAAGUGACAACCAGGAACUGUCAUUUUGGACUAUUUUUCUUCUUGUGUACAGUUGUGAACAAAAGUUGACAUACACUUGCAGAGACUAUUUAUAUCAUGGUAGUUAUGAGUUUUAUAUCCAUCUGUGUCACAAAAAAAACAUGCAUUUAGUUUUUUCAUAGGUUUAUUAUAGGUCUUUGGAAAUAUGACUAAAUAUGCUGGAUCAAAAAUAUACAUACAGCAACUUGAAUUAUCAAUUGUGGUGAUGUAGGAAGCUGUGUUAAAUAAAUUUCCUUCGUGGCAUCUCCUCUUAACUUCUGAGUGAUUACGAUUGACUACAGCUGCUGACUCUGAGCCAAUUUAAAUAGGGCCUAUCUGAUACAGUCAGACUAAACCACAAACACUACAGCUGAAAAGUGUGAGGGCCUCAGCAUAGAUCUGACAAAGCAAUCCAUUGACCUGAACAAGUCAAUACUCACUUGGAGCCAUUUCAAAGCAGAGAAAGAUCCUAAAAUCAUAUCUGCAAACAAUUGUUUGUAAGUAUAAAGAGCACAGUUGUGUUGUUGCGACAUUCAGAAAGAAAAUGAAAGCUAUUACCUGCUGCUGAAAGACAAUCGAUCACCAAGUAUGAUCAAAAAGUAGGUCUGCAAUGAAUUAAAACCUGCUGGAAUGCAGGUGUCUGCAUCCACAGUCAAGUCUGUUAUAUAUUGCCCUGGUCUGAGAGGCGGCCAUGCAAGAAGGAAGCAGCACCUUAAGGCUCAACUGAAGUUUGCUGUUGACCGCGUGAACAAUUAAAAGGCCUUCGGGAAGAAAAUUCGGUGGUGCAAUAAAGCAAAAAAAAUAGCUACUUGGCCACAAUGAUCAGAAAUAUUUUUAGAGAAGUUGAGAGCUUUAUCCCUAAAAACACCACAGGUACCGCCAAGCAUGGUGGUGGCAGUAUGAUGCAUAAAAUGAUGCGUAAAAUGAUGUUCAGAGGCUGUUUUGCUGCAAGUGGAACUGGUGCUUUAUAUGAAGUAAAUGGAAUCACAAGACAUGAAGAUUGCCUCCACAUUCUUCAAAAAAAAAACUAAAAUCAUCAGCCAGAAGAUUGGCUCUUGGAUGUGUUUGAAAGUUCCAACAAGACAAUGACCCCAAAUACAAAUCAAACAUGGUUUAAAUUGAGGCUACAAUUAAGGUUUUAGGCUGGCCAAAAUCCUGACCUAAACCCCAUCAAGAACCUGUGGACUGUGCUGAGAUAAGUCUGUGUCAAAAAGCCAACAAAUGUCAUUGAAUUGCACCAGUUAUUUCAAAAGGAAUGGCCAAAGAAACAACCAGAAACUUGCCAGAAGCUGUGGAUGGCUACCAAAAGUGCCUAGUUGUGGUAAAAAUUGCCAAGGGACAUUUUACCAAAUAUUAGCACUACUGUAUGUCUAUUUUUGACCCAGCAGAUUUUGUCAUAUUUCCAGAAGACGUAUAAUAAAUCUAUGAAAGAACCAGAAUUAGGGAUUGUUUAAAAAUUCAUGACUGCUAAAAUGACAUAGUCAUUGAAGGCUGAAGACAGUCAUCAUACACAUGGUCUUUACAAGUGUAUGUAAACUUUCAUUUACAACCGUAGGUGCAUUCCAUUCCAUCAGAUAAUGCCAUAUAGUGUUUUAUACAUGCAUUCCUCUUUUAUUCAAAGUGUAUUUUCCUUUUUACUGAACCACUACUGUUGUGAACAAACUGUUAACUAAGCAUACAUUCAGACCAAACGUGUUUUUUUUCCAUUCUAGUGAUAGAGGUAAAUGUAUGUGUAUGAGUGUGUGUGUGUGUUUGGGGAGGGGUUGUUUUGAAGUCGCUAUAGAAAAAAAGCAUUUAAAAAAAAACAUAAUGGCAAAGUGCAGCCCUGCUUAGAGUAUGUAGAAAGGCAAGAUCUUUGAUGAACUGAGAGAUGGACUGAAGAGAUGCUGUAUUCUGUUUAACCUAAAAGACAUCUGCCUUACCAUCUUUUGUGAGAUUCACAGCAUACAUGGCAAAUACAGUAAAUACAGUGAAUUUAAAGGGGGAAGCAUAUUAAGCUCUGUGUUCUGCUGCCUUGAGCAACUGUGGAGUAAUUACAUUUUCCCCCAGGAAUCUGUGAAGCUCCACUGUUUCUCUAAGCACACAGCUUUUCCUAAAGAUUUUUUUUUGUCAACAGCUGAGACCUGGGAAUCCUGUCUGCAGACCCUCCUCCAUCCAAGAGGAGGGUAAACAAUGCAGUACCUAAGCACAAGAUUAAAAAAGGUCACAUCUUACUAAAUGAAAGAUGUCUAGACUGAAGAAGGAAAAUGUUCUGUAUCUGCAAGAUAGGCCUCAGCUGCCAGCCAUGACUAACAAAUGGGCUAGCAUGGGCUUUAAUAAACCUAUGCAAAUUGAGGAGGAUGGUCAUUUACUUUCUCACUAAGGCCAAACAAAGCAGCUACCUGCAGGCACCUCCAAAGCUGAGCCUUGAACUCUAACAAUGCAAUGACAAACACUGCUACAAAAGGGUAGUGCGACCACAGACGUGAUUGUUGACUGGAACCAUGUAUUAAAACCCUGCAGUGGAUCAACUCCAAAAACAAAAUCUGGACUGUUCAAGAAUAAUUCUGGUUGAUUACAGCUUGGGUCAUAUCUUUGUUGCUUUGGCCAUUUUUCAACAGUAGUGUUUCAUUGUAACAGGGUUAAUGGAUUUCUCAGAUAUGUUUUUUGUGCAUAUGUGGUUUAAGAAACUCAGAUACGCUACCCGUUGUCCUCUGAAACUGGAUUACUGCAAAGAUUUAGGUUUAGGUCAGUGAGUCUCAAGCUGUUUUGGAUGUGGGGCAAGCAGGAUGCUGCAGUGAGAGAUGAGGUAAAUUUGAGCAACUCUUUUCAGAAACUCAAAAUCAAAUGCUGUUUAGGCUACUAGUAUGUUUCAUCACAACUACUUAUGAACAGGUUGAAUAGCUUCAGUGCCCUUCUAAUGUGGGAAACAGUGGUCUGUUUCUGUGACUUUCUGAGCGUGACAUUGCAACACCCAACCACUUUACGAUGUGAUUAGUCAACUGUGUGGAUGAAAGGAAGUAAGCAAGGUUUGAAAUUGUUUCUUAAGUUUUUUUCUCCAUGUAAUAAACCAUUUUCUGCCACUUUACACGUCAACAAAUGAGUGUAAAAAAAAUUAUAAACGGUUUCAACGAGAGACUGAAAAUAUGAGGAUGCUCAGAUAUGUGCAUCCCCAUACUUAAAUGAUUUCCAUGUUUGGCUCUCUCACUGAUGGCUGCCCUUUAAUCCUGACUUUGAUGGCAGUCAUUUGGGAAAGUGGCAAAACCUUUAUGAUUUCCAAACUGGUUGGGAGGUGUUCUUUUCUUAUUUUUCUGGCAUAUCAAGCCUGAAUGAGAAGCUAUAUGUAUUCCAGGGAUGACAGAUGAAAAGUAAAAUGGCUAAUGUGCACAGUAAGUAAAUAAAAUACUUCAAAAGUUCAA